CUGUUUUAUGCAAAGCACCCAUGACGUUGACGGAAGGCAGCGCGACGUAUGCUUCUUCCGACGUUACUUUAAAGGCGCAUUGGAGACCUCGCCGUUGCAGUCCUGAGUCGCGGCUGUUUCGGAACCUUCGUGACCGAGGUGCGUAGCAGUGGAGCUUGGCCGACUCACGGACACCACCGCGGAGACGGCGGCUUGACACGAACCGGCGAGGUCCACGACGACGGCUUGCAUCAAACGACAUUAAUGAAGCUUUCAAACCCUUUUUGAUUCAUCAGUGAAUCGAUGGGGAUUUCACGAGGAGCUCCGCCCACUGCCUGCCCACCCGCCUCCACCUGCGACCUAACCUCCAACCCCUCCCACUCCCUCCAGCCCUCCAUACACAAAAUGACUCUGGAAUUCACUGACUGGUUUUCUAUAUGGAUUUUUACCCCCUGCAAUAGACAAAAACAAAAGUAAGGCGAGAGCGGGAGAUGACCUCGAUGACUCCUAAGCCAUAAACGCGUGACACACACACACACACAUACACACGCACACAUGCAUUCCAGCCAUGCACAGAUCACAUACAUACAAAAGAAAAUUGCACAAACUUUGAAUGUUAAGCUUUUUUUUUGCUUCCUAUUUUGGUUGAGGGGAUUCUCAGAAAAUUGUGGUCAAGCUGAUUUUAUCAGGUUAUUUUUCUUUCGGUGAAAACCACCAAGCGGUGAGGAAAAUGUUAGGAAUGCCACACUGCCCGGACAUUUUUAUAUGAAUUUCCUUGGAUGCACUCAAAAGGCGCAUCCAAUAGAGAUUCAUUUUAAAUAGACGACUGCAGCCUUUUUAAUCACAGCACUUUAAGAGUUUUCUUUAUCAGGUGUUCAUCUAAUAGCUGUAAGGAGAUUAUUAACAAGGAUUGUCAGUUUGAAAGUGAGUUGCAGCGAGACCUUUUUCGGAUCAGGAUUUGUCCCGCCACCGCCCCGAAGCUUGCAUGCCCCCGCCUGACAUGCCUCCCCAGAACACGGGCCCUGACGCCAUGCAGGUGGGAUCACCGGUGGCCGGCGCGGAGACCCAAACUCCUACGGACGAAGGCAAGGGCGGAGACGCGGAUGGAUCGGCGGGAGCGGCAAGCCGCCCCGACCCCGACACCGGCGGCGGCGGCGGCGGAGGCGGCGAGGAGUUGGCAAGCGAGGGGUCCAUCGAGGGCAUCCCCGUGAAGAGAUGGGUGAUGCACGGCGCCGUCAUGUUUGGCCGGGAGUUCUGCUAUGCCUUGGAGACGGCGCUUGUGACGCCCGUGCUGCUUCAAAUUGGUCUUCCAGAGCAAUACAACAGCUUGACAUGGUUCCUCAGCCCCGUUAUGGGCCUCAUAUUCGCCCCGCUGAUCGGCUCCGCCAGCGACCGCUGUACCCUGCGCUUUGGCCGCCGCAGGCCUUUCAUCCUGGCCUUGUGCAUCGGGGCGCUGAUUGGUGCGGCGUUCUUCCUGAACGGGUCGCUCAUAGGACUUUCUCUGGGCGACGUUCCGGGUAGGCAGCCCAUAGGAAUUGUUCUCACCGUGCUAGGAGUGUCGGUGUUGGACUUCUGCGCCGACGCAACGGAGGGACCGAUCCGAGCGUACCUUUUAGACGUGGCCAACACCGAAGACCAAGACAUGGCACUCAACAUCCAUGCCGCCUCGGCAGGUCUUGGCGGCGCUCUGGGCUAUGCUAUGGGCGGUCUCGACUGGACCCACACUUUCCUGGGAGUCCUCUUUAAGUCUCAGGAGCAGAUCCUGUUCUUCUUCGCCGCCCUCUUCUUCUCUGUGUCAGUGGUGCUGCAUCUAGUCAGCAUAGCUGAGCAGCAAUACAGCCCUCGACAUGACCGGCAGGACCGGGUACGUGAGAGUCCAGUGCCAAGUCACCCACACCCUUCAUCCAACAGCCGAGCGGGACUUCUCACUCCGAGACUGGAAAUGAUCGGCGAGGACGAAACGAUGGACAGCUUUGACCUUUACGACACCUACUGGGACGAUGUGUCCGCGCCCGGGGAUAUGGACGUGAACUUCCUGGACGUGGAGCUUGUGAGGAGUAAAAGCGACAGCGUCCUUGCCAUGACGGACGCCCCUCUGGAGCACAUGGACCCCGACGCCUUGUUCCUUUGCCAAAUCGAGCCGUCCGUCUUCGCUGACCGCCUCUCGCCCCAUCACGGCUCUCCCCCAUGCGCCGCGCACCGCCUGCACGCCAGCCGUAGCACGCCGCCUUGUCGCCUCGCCGGCGUGCGGCGCAGCAGCAACGCGGGGAGUCAGGAUCUGCCGUGCCCCCAAAGCGGCAGCCACUCCCCACGCGGCGGUCCCACCAAGAUAUGCCGCCUCUCGGCAUUCUUACAGGAGAUGGAGAAUGACGAGGGCCAGGAGGCGUUGCUCAACAACCAGCUGAAAGAGCAGCGCACCCUGAACGGUCGCCUGUUGGCGGGCGUCGGUGCGAAAAACACGGCCAACGGGUUGAGCGCCAAAGGACAGGUGCAUCGGGACGGAAUGGUCAAAGCCGCCAGCACCGGCGCUCCCGUGCGGCUUUCACGCCAUCAUCACACCGUCUACCGUCAGCCAUCUUGCACCUUUUCCUACUACGGCCGCGUGGGCAGCCGUCGCUGCCGCUACCGGCGGGCCAACGCCGCCCUUCUCAUCAAGCCUUCGCGCAGCAUGAACGACCUGCACGAGCUGGAGGCGCGACAUCGGCGUCGGAGCCGCCGGAGCGACCGCCGCCGCAGCGGCAACACCUACUCGUCCAACGGCGACGCCGAGAGCGAGGAAGGCGAGGUGGAGCCCACCUUGCGGCUACUGUGGCUCUCCAUGCUGAAGAUGCCGCCCGAGUUGCUGCGCCUGUGCGCCUGUCACCUGUUCACCUGGUUUUCCUUCCUUUCCGAAGCCGUUUUCUUCACCGACUUCAUGGCACAAGCUAUCUACCACGGAGAUCCUAUUGCUCCUGCUAACUCCACCGAUUUGACGAACUACCACAGAGGCGUUCAGAUGGGAUGUUGGGGUCUCGUUGUGUACGCCAUGACCGCCGCCAUAUGCUCAGCUGUUCUUCAAAAGUACCUUGACAACUUUGACUUGAGCAUCAAGGUCAUCUACAUCAUGGGAACGCUCGUAUUCUCCAUAGGAAGUGCAAUUAUGGCCAUAUUCCCCAAUGUGUAUGUUGCCAUGGUGAUGAUCAGCAGCAUGGGCUUCAUCUCCAUGACUAUCUCUUAUUGUCCCUAUGCCCUGCUGGGACAGUACCACGAAAUGAAACGGUACACCAGUCACAGUCCCGGUAGUUCCCGUAGAGGAUUUGGCAUUGACUGCGCCAUCUUGUCCUGCCAAGCGUACAUCAGCCAAAUCGUGGUGGCCUCGGCUAUGGGUUCCAUCGUGGAAGUGGUCGGCAGUGUACGCGUCAUUCCCGUCGUGGCCUCCGGGGGCUCUUUGUUGGGAUUCCUCAGUGCUUGCUUCCUGGUCAUUUAUCCCUCAAAUAUCGGAGCGGCGGAGGCGGAGGCGGAGGCGGAGGCGGGGGCGUCCAAAACUUCAGAAAAGCAGCCGCUGGCCGAUCCAAGUGAAAAAGCGAAGGAAAAAAACAGCUUCUUGAAACUCAAUAAGACAGGCAAUACCACCAUUACUGUGACCGACACUUCCUGUCACAUGGAGAAUGAAUCAGCACUGUGAUUGUCCACGAGUAAAAAAAGGUGCAAUCAUCAAUAUAUUAUAUAUCAAUUAUAUAUAUAAUAAUAAUAAUAAUGAUAAUAAUCCUUCCGCUCUGGGAUUGCUCCGUCCCAAUUCCAAGGGGAGUGCUCGGCAGGUUUAAAAAAAAAAAAAGAGAAAAAAAAGAAAAGGGGGUGGUCUGCCUCUCAGGGCCUCUAAGGGUUGAUGCCUGGACACACAACCUUACGGGGACUGAUCACACGCACACACACCAACGUUACCGACCACCGAACACGAAAAAAAAAGUGCUUCUUCCUCACUAUGGACAGAAAUGUUUUGUUCAGAUGAAGCUUUAAGACUCUUUAGGAACUUUCAUACUUGAAAACAAGAGCCCGAAGCCUACUUGUGAGUCAAAAACAAAAUGAAACAAAAGAAUAGGAAUGAGAAUAAUAAGAAAACAAGGACUGCAAAGGGUGUCCAAAUCUUGUCAUUCCACGCCAAAAGAAGGCCAACGUGGAGCAUGGACUGACGGUAUCAUAAAACGUCCUGAAUUAACAUCCAGAGGGGAAAUUCAGUAUACAAUUCAGAAGAAAUUCCACAAUAGAGAGCGCCUUCUCACACACACACACAACCAUGAAAAAUACACACACAAUGUACGGGGCAUUAUUAUCCCAAAUGCACGACAUCUUGAUGAUUGGAAAAAAUGCUGCAUGUUCGCGGGCCAGAGUGGUUUUUCCUCUUUCCUGCUUCUUCUUGUUAGCUUUUAUGAAAUGCAAGUGGCACGAUUGCUCUUAUUAAUACUUAACUGCACAUCAACUGAGCUGUCGGCAUAAAAAAAAAACUUUAAAAAAAUGUUCUUAAUGGGCCCUGCUGAGAUAUUAGGAAGGCAUACAUUGCUGGGAUUCCACUGGAAAACACACUCCCAUAAAAUGGGGGACCGGGGGGCAUUGUCGCUAUAGAAUCCCCAGAGAAUUUUUAUAUUUUCAUUAGAAAACAUGAAAGAUUGUGAAAUACCCCCCCCCCCCGCAUUUUUUUUAUCCCUGACAACAGUACAUUUGACAAUGAAGUUUAUCCAAUUGAAAUCCAGUUUUUUAUCACAUUUUUUUAAAGAAAAUUAUUUUUCAGUGUCUGAGGAACAAGAAUGUUGGCCUUUAAAAAACAAACAAAAAAAGCAUCUUUCUUCCCAUUUUUGUCUGUUUUUACCCAAAGCUCAAAGAUUUAUUUUCCACGUUUUACAAAUUAUUUGGGAAAACUCAAAGGAGCAAAACAUGUUUAAAUCUCUUAUAUAAAAUAAAAAAAAACUCACGUCUUGAAAUUCUCAAAAUAAUUUUAUUAUGUUUUUAUAGAAAAUGCUCCAAAGCUGCUUUAUUUUAUUUUUAAAUCUGGCAUGUGCUUUACAAUGCACAGUGCAUCUUUUGUUCAAUCUGAAUGCGUGUUUUUAAAACAAACAAAUCUGGUUUACGAUACAGAUCUUUUAUUGUAAAAACAGAGGGCGGGGUUUUCCCUGGAGAUAUAUCCUCUUUUUUACAGUGACUAUGUGAACAUUGUUACUGAAAAUGUUGAAAUCUUGAUGGGGACGAUAGUUGUCACAUUGGAGUUUGAAAACGCUGCGGUCGUUUUUUGUUACUUGUUGGAUUUGUGCCCUUACAAAUUGAAGAACGAAUGCACUUAACCCUUGACGUUUUGCAACCGUUUCGCUGAUUAGCAUGUUAUCGAAGCAUGCAGGUGGGAUCAAUAUCCUCUUUGAAUUGAUAAUCCUGGAAGAGAGUCAUUUUAAAGUGAUAGUACAUGAGACCCUUGGUUUCCGGAGGCGUUCCUUUCCUCUGCUGUGACCAAUUUACACAAAUGCAGUUUUGAGUCAUUAUUUUAGAAUCACGCUCUUCUCAAGCUGCGUGUGUCGAAUUUGAACAAAAUGGCCGAUGGGGAGCGUGCAAAGACGCUCUCGGUCAAUUUCUCAGAAUGCAAAAGUCAAUUUCCAAAAGUCCCCGAUGUUAUAUAACAAACAUGAACUUGAGAAGCGUUGAGUGGUCAUUCUGCAUUCUGGCCAAUCAGGCGCGAGGAAAUGACGGAAAAUGAUACAGGAGCGCGUUUGAUAUAGUCGCUUUCUACGACGUCAAAGUGUUUGAGGUUUUCUGUAAGAAGUAACUAUUUGCUCUUGCUUUGGGACCUCAAAAGUGACGUAAAAAAUAGUUGGUGAAAAAGAACCAGAACCGUUUUACUAUUCUAUUCUGGUCAUUGUAUGACGAUAUUCCCAUUGGAGUAUUCGUUGCUUUUCAGAAGAUAAACAAGCUGAAGCGCUCGCGUGCUACUAACGGGCGCAUAUGACGUCAAUAAGAAAAACUAAGUAAAAAUUGAGUCUGUGGCCUUUUUUCCUUCCCAAGAUGUUUGCCCCCACAGCAACAUGGCUUCUCCCCCCCAAACUACUCCCCUCUCGUUACAAACUUGAGGGUCCCGUUUAUUCUAUUCCUCGCCUCGCCUGCUGCCGUCGACUGGAAUGUUAACAAUGUUACUCGCCGCGCUCGCUCGGCAUGCUGGGAGCUUCAGUUAUGACUUUGGAUUCCAUCCAGUGAUUUAUUUAUUGUUUUAAAUAUAUUGGUAGUUGGUCACAUGCUGAAGAGUGUUAAGCAAUUUCUGGGGAAAUCUUUUUUCUUCGUUGGGAUUUUUAGUGAUGGGGCGCUGGCCGACGCCGUACCAAUGCUUUCCAUCGGGAUGCUUUUAUUUUAUUUUACUGUAUUUUGUUCAGUUUAAAAUGUUUUGGUAAUGGUUCUACAUUGUCUUUGUUUUAGUUUUUUCCAUUUGACCUUUUCUGGUUUUGUUUGGGAUUUGCUCUGUUAAUUUAUCGUACUUUGUCUAUUUUAAUUUACUUGAUCUAAUGGGCUGGUUCUUGCCAAAUUCAUAUAUAUAUAUAUAUAUACAUACAUACAUACAUACACACAGUCAGAUGAGGACUCUGGAUGUACACACUGUGUGGAAUGCGCCUUAAAAAAAGUGUACUGAGAUAAACCAACAAUGACUCUGUUGCUCCCUCCAACAUUUUUUCAGUCAUUCAUUCAUAUCUAUAUUGGAAUUUAUUGUUUUCAUUAUUUGAUUUAAAACUGGGAAUACUGAUUUGCCUCCUGGUUUGCAUGGAGGUUUUGCAUGCUCCAUCCUUUUUUUUUUUUUUUGCAUUAAAGCACACCUUACAUAUUUGGCAUAAAUCAACCUCCCUCCUGAAGUGUUGGUUUUUUUUGGGGGGGGGGGGCAGCGAGUGUUGCUGAUGAUUGUUGAAUUUUGCAUGGUCCCCUCUGACCUAAAAAUGUUUUAACGACCUCAACAAUUUGAGUUUUUGCAUGACAUUGAAAAAAGAUUGUUCAAUUAUUCAUUUUUGCAUUUUAUCUAAUUGUUUUAAUAUAUUUAGAUUUGUAUCUCAAAACAAAUAUUCUCCAUCUUCUCUAUUUUUCAUGUUAAUUAUUUUUUGAUUGAAAACAUGUUAAAUUAUGCACAGUUAUAUCAAAACAAAUUCCAAAAGGAUUUCUUAGAAUAAAUUGAUAUAUAUUCUUACCAUAAA